AUGGCACCUCUAUCCUGCCCAGAGUACCAAGAGGGCAUUGAAGGCUCCUGUUAUGAGUUUCUGAGUCUACCACGUUCAAGUUCCUUCCUCAGUGCACAGGGCUUGUGUGAGCGGGGUGGUGGACACCUGGCCUUCAUUUUAAACGACGGAACCCAGCAGUUCCUACAGAUGCACCUGCAGCCGGAGCAGGACUGGUGGCUGGGUCUGGCACCCGCCUCCCCAAACCUAACACUGGACUUUGCUGCUGCUGAGGGUCCUCUCUCCUGGCUUGAUGGCUCUGAUGUCAGCUACUCUAACUCGGUGAAUGACCCUGAUCCAGGGGCUGGCUGUGGUCACAUACUGAGGAGCUCAGUGUUUCAGUGGGAGAAUCUGGGCACUCCAUUGCUUGUGCUGACCACAAUGCCACACUACAGUGUGGUUCUGGUCAGUUGGCUUCUGUUUUUUGACAAUGUCUCCAUAACAUUGAAGUGGCUUCUCCAUCCAUUCCAGGGCAACCUGACCUGCACUCUAAGUGCUGGAGAUGGGCACAACAUCGAUCCUUAUAGUCCAGAAGAGUUGGAGAGCAGUAUGGUUCAUAAAUACACCUAUCCGGGUGUCUUCAUGGGUCGGGUGGAGUGUACCACCAGUGAGUGGCAUGUGACAGCUCAGAAAGCCAUCACCAUUCAGAAGCCCAUCGGGGAGUUUGGCGUCAUUAAGUGCUAUAGCAUGAACCAAUCAACAGAUGGUGCAAACUGCAAGGCCCUGUAACAGAAGCCCCCUUCAAAUCCAGGUAGAAGUAGAAGCUGGUAAGUAAAACCAAAAUGAGCCGAAAUAAAAUGAAACAACAUUUGCAUCUACAGGUACGAAUGUGACCUACAAACUCCACAGUGGUGAGAUGUUGGUGGCCAAUUCAUCAGCAGUCAGAGGAAUCAUCCC